GGCAGGCAGGCACCACCACACGCCGCGGCUCCUCUUCCUCCACUGCCGGUGCUAGUGCGGUCCGGUCCGUCGGUCGCGCAACCCCCGACCAAGUCGCGACGCCGCCGCACGAAGCGCACUGCUGCUACAAAACCGGCUUUCCGCUGUGUCCCCAUCUUCUGCCGUGGAAGAGAAAAAAGGCGACCCUCACUUCUUUCUUCACCAAGUGGCCUUGCGGGGAGAGUCCUACUACGACAACCAGCAUCAUGCUACCCGUUAUCCUCAUCGGUAUCAUCGCCCUGCUGUGUGUUCAGCUCCUAGUCAUAAUAUUUCUGAUGACCUCGUACGGAUGCUCUCUGGUGGGGCUCUGCCAUCCAAAAACGGCAUGCGUGCACGACCCAAAGGUUUCUGUGGAGGUCUUCUACGAGACGUACUGUCCAGACAGCAGGAACUUUGUCCUCGAGCAGCUCAACUCGACGUUCGCCGAGCUCCCAAACAUCAUGCAGCUUCAGCUCGUCCCAUACGGAAAGGCAUCUAGGAGAGAACUGCCAAACAAGUGGUACAGCUUCGACUGCCAGCAUGGAGACAAAGAAUGCUACGGAAAUCUGUUGCAAACAUGCGUAAUAAAGUACUACCCAGAGCCAAGCCAACACUUGCCCCUCGUCGUGUGCAUGUUUUCGUCCAGAAAUCCAAACCGGGCAUAUGAAUCGUGUGCUAAGAAGCAGGGUUUCGACACCGAGGCUCUGCAGAAGUGCGUCAACGGCAAAGAGGGCAACGACCUACAGCUGAGAUUCGCCGAGUGGACCGAGAGCGUCAACAGCAAGGGACGGCUCGAAUUUGUUCCCUGGAUUCGCAUGAACGGGGCAACACCCGGAGGAGCAUUCUUGCCCUGA